CGCGCUUCUGAUCACGCACUCCAACUCUCUUACUCUUUCCAUUAAACUAUCUCUUCCAAACCAAAACCAACCAAACUUUUCCUAAUUCUCUCUCUAAUGUUCGCGGCGUCUCCGCCACCCUCCGCCGCCGUUACCACCGCCGGCGUUGGUCUCGGCUACGGCAUUGCCAUCGCCGUCAGCAUCCUCGUCCUCAUCUCCUCCAUCAUGCUCGCCUCCUACGCCUGCGUCCGCUUCAAAUCUAACUCUCCUCGCACUCGUAACAACACUCAUUACGACCAAACGGAACAGAAUCACAACAUUCACGACUCCGGUGGGCCCGAGCCCGUCGUCCUGGGCCUGGAAAAGCCCGCCAUCGAGGCCUACCCGAAGAUCGUCGUCGGAGAGAGCGGCCGCCUCCCCAGGCCCAACGACAGUGGCUCCUGCGCCAUCUGCCUCUGCGAUUACCUUCCUAAGGACACCGUGCGCUGCGUUCCGAGCUGCCACCACUGCUUUCACGCGGACUGCGUUGACGCGUGGCUGAAGAUGAGUGCCACGUGUCCGCUCUGCCGGAACUCCCCGGUGCCGUCUCCGUCGCCGUCGCCGUCACCGACGCCGAUGUUGGAGCUCGUUCCGCUGGCUUUCCACGCCAGGUGAUUCAUUCGUUCAUUCUUGUCUGAAUUGUAUAACUAAUUAUUUUGUGUUACUUGCGAGAACGAAAAGAAAAUUUGUUGUUGAAUUUGCAUUUCUUCAGUCAACACGAAACGAUUAGCAUUGGGGUUCUGGAUUUUAAUUUGGAUGAGAUCUAA